UUGCAGUUUAUCUUCAAGCAGUCAGCCCAGUAGGACCAUGACUGCCGCAGACAGCAGCAUAGAGUUGGCGACUCUCGGCCGACCUUUCCAAUUAGGAAUGCUGUAUGACUGCCGCAGCGACUCCCUCGUUCCAGGCGUUACUUUGUGGAACUUGGAGGAGCUGCAAAAAGACAUUGAUGUUCGUCCAAAACCUUAUACAGAUUUCCAGAUUAUUGCAUCAGACUCUUUAGAGGACAAAACAUCUGCUUUGAAUGUUGAAGCAUCACUGGCAACAAGCUUUUUCAGUGGUUUGGUCCAGUUAAAAGGAUCUGCAAAAUAUUUAAAUGACAAGAAGACUUCUAAAAGCCAAUCCUGGGUUUACCUGCAUUAUCUUACAACCACUCACUUUGAGCAGCUCACCAUGAAUCACUUAGGGUACAGCAAUGUAACUUAUCCCAAUGUAUUUAAAGAAGGUCCAGCAACUCACGUUGUUACAGCUGUUCUAUAUGGCAUCCAGGCUUUUUUUGUGUUUGACAAACAGGUUUCUUCUGAAGAAAAAUGA